AUGAAGGCUCUCUCCAGGAGACGAACCCCCCGGCUGUCUUCAGGCCAUUUGUACGAACCCACUGGGUUCUCUCCGGACCGUUGGUAUGAAUCCCCCGGGCUCUCUCCAGGCCAUUUGUAUGAACCCCCCGGGCUCACUCCGGCCAGUGUGUACGAAACCCCCGGGUUCUCUCCGGGCCAUGUGUACGAACCCCCCGAGCUCUCUCUGGCCCGUGUGCGUGAAUCGCUCGGGCUCUCUCCAGACCGUCUGUACAAACCCCCCGGGCUCACUCCGGCCCAUUUGUACGAACAUCCCUGGACUCUCUCCGGGCCGUUUGUACGAACCACCCGGGCUCACUCCGGCUCAUUUGUAAGAAUCCCCCAGGCUCUCUCCGGACCUUGUGUGCGAAAUCCCCAGGCUCUCUCCGGGCCGUUUGUACAAACCCCCCCAGGCUCUCUCCAGGCCGUGUGUACGAAUCGCUCUGGCUCACUCCGGCUCAUUUGUAAGAAACCCCCGGGCUCUCUCCGGCCUGUAUGUAUGAACCCACCGGGCUCUCUCCGACCUGUUUGUACGAACCCACCGGGCUCUCUCCGAACCACUUGUACGAACCCCUCGGGCUCUCUCCGGCCUGUUUGUCUGAACCCCUUGGACUCUCUCCAGGCCGUUUGUACGAACCCCCUGCGCUCUUUCCGGCCCGUGUGUACAAAUCCCCUGGGAUCUCUCCAGACCGUCUUUAUGAACCCCCCAGGCUCUCUCCUGCCCAUUUGUAAGAACUCCCCGUGCUCUCUCCAGGCCGAGUGUACAAACCUCCCAGGCUCUCUCCGGCCUGUUUGUAUGAAACCCCUGGGCUCUCUCCGGGCCACUUGUACGAACCCCCCGGGCUUACUCCGGGCCGUCUGCACGAACCCCUCAGGCUCUCUCUGCGGCCGUGUGUACAAACCUCCUGGGCUCUCUCUGGCCCAUGUGUACCAACCCCGCGGGCUCUCUCUGUCCCAUUUGUACGAACCCCCUGGGCUCACCCCAGGCCGUCUGUACGAAACCCCCAGGUUCUCUCCAGGCCGUUUGUACGAACCCCCCGGGCUCUCUCCGGGCCACGUGCAGGAACACCCGGGGCUCUCUCCAGGCCAUCUGCACAAACCCCCCGGGUCUCUCCGGGCCGUUUGUACGAACCCUGGGCUCUCUCCGGGCCAUGUGCACGAUCACCCCUGGUUGUCUCCAGGUCAUCUGUACGAACCCCCCGGGCUCUCUCCAGGCCGUUUGUAUGAACCCCCCCGGCUCUCUCCAGACUGUCUGCACAAAGUCCCUGGGCUCUUCCGGGCCAUGUGUACAAACCCCCCCUGGGCUCUCUCCGGGCCGUCUGUACGAACCCCUCUGGCUCUCUCCGGCCCAUUUGUACGAACCCCCUGGACUCUGCCCGGGCCAUGUGCACGAACCCCCCGGGAUCUCUCUGGGCAGUGUGCACGAAACCCCCGGGCUCUUUCCGGGCCGUUUGCACGAAACCCCGGGCUCUCUCCGGGCCAUGUGCACGAACACCCCAGGCUCUCUCCGGGCCGUGUGCACGAACCCCCCCGCCGGGCUCUACCCAGGCCAUUUGUAUGA